GUGUCUAAAAUACGUCUUAAUGACGUCUUUAUGUCCCGAUUUUGGAUGUGUGCUGUCUGGGAAAAUAAUCGUCAAAUUAUGACUGAAAUAUAACUUCAAAAUGACGUCAUCAUGACGUCAAUUUUAGGUCAUGUAAAAAAAUGGUCAUUUUGACGACAUAUGACCAGAUAUGACCAUUUUGGGACGUCAAAAUGACGUGGGCUUGCUACCUGGGUAAACAAUUAUUCUCAACAAAUUUCGUAAUUUUAAGACAAUGUCUAAAUAAUAUAAUGUCUAAAUAUUUUUAAUAUACGUACUUUAGGUUACGUACUCCUUCCACUAGCAUAUGUAAAUGAUCGAAAGUAAAAUGUCGACAGCUUCACGGUCUUUACUUAGAAUCACUUUAAUUCGAUCGCUACAAUACCACAGGCUCCAGUUGAUCACUUAUUAUGCUUACAAUUCAAACUUCGUUAGGUAGAUAAAUGGUACACGUACCACCCUAACAAAUAAAUAUGUAUCAUUCUUGGAAAAAAAUGAAAUGAAAAAGAUGCAUAUAAAACAACGCAUAUAUAAAUUGAUAUUGCAAUAUUUUAACUAAAUUAGACUAAAUCAGAAUCGACACUCAAUUACUUACUGAAAUUCCUUGGAUAACUGCUUGUUGUUGUCAUGUUGCACGUUGCUUGUCAUGAGAAUACAUGCUUCAAUAUCUGUCGUAUGUUAAUCUGAGCUACUUAUGAUACCAGAACCAACAUCUAUUCCUGAAGGUGUUUACGGAUUGUAUGUAGCGUUGCCAGACUUGAUGCUCUGCCAAGCGCUGAGCAGCACACGUACACUGCUUCUUCCGUGUGCGUUGCCACCACUACAGCUUUGCGUCACACCGACUAGGUGGCAGAGCAUCAAGUCUGGCAGCGCUGAUUGUAUGGGCUAUUUGCUACUCCUCGUUCGAAACCACUUCUGCAAGAUCGAUUAAUGGUUUAUAUAGAAAUAAACUUUGAAAAAAUUAAUAAAAUGAUUAUAGAAAAUUAUAAAAUAAUUUGUAAAAAAUAUUACAAGAAAAAAUUAUUUAAGUUGCAUUCGUAAGUUGCACACGCAUAAGAUUUUCUUGCAUCUUAGACACUUUAUUACCUUCAGGUUUUUCUUCUGGUUCCAUUGCUUUUUCAUCUCCUGACCUGACUUCUUCUGUCUCGUCUAUCUUUACAUCUCCAUCUUCUGAUCUGUUAUUGCUAUUUCAAAUAGACAUGCACGCAGAUUGCUCUCUGAUAACAGUGACUUUCCUCUCCUAUAAUGCAAUUAGAUUAAAUUUAUUUGUUACUUUAAGAUUACUUGAUGCCAUAUUAAUAUUAUUAAUACGCUUGUAUUUUCUAUUAUUGUAUUAAUCUCAUUAUACAAUUACAAAUUAGACAUUAAUUUAUAUGUAAUGCGUGCUAAACUUAAGUUAAUUAUAUAAAGAGAUGCGCACUACUUUUGCUUUUCUAACCCAUAAUUCAUGAAGCGUUGCCAACAUUAUCCUCUCUGGUUUUAUGGAUUUUGUCCUCUUAUCGCUCGGACUGCUCCACUUUCUCCUUUAUGUCUUUUAUACGGAUUGCCUUACCACUUUUUGCGUAUCUUCCAAUACUGUUCUAGGGUACGUUCCGUUUCAUGCGUGAUGCGCAUAGAUAGCUCAUGAGGUCGUUCCGUUUCACUCCAUGCGCAAUUUAUACGCGCAUGGGAAUGGUCUAUACGCGACAGCCAUUUUGGUUUCAUUUUGCAAAAUUUACUUGUCACAAAGAAUUUAUUUUUGUAUGUUCUCUUUAGUCCGGACAAAUGGCCUUAAAGAAACUACAAAUUUAUGUUAAUGAAGAGUUGUGGGAGUUCAACAUGUCUGAUGUUGAAUUCCAAGCAGCAAUAUCUGGCAGUAAGUAUUUAAUAUUGUGAAAAAUUUUGAUUAUUGUAACCUCAAAUUUUAAGAUUUCUUAAAAAGCAGCAAUGUAAUAUUUAUUUUCCAUUAGAAAUGAGUGCCAUUCUACAAAAACAAUUGAAAUUCAAUAUUCUACAUACAAAAUCUGCUCCGCAUAAAUAGAAAACACAAUCUUUAAAGCUUUAUUUAUGUAGGUUAUAAUUGAAAAUUUAUGCCGGAAUCGGUAAAAUUAAACUUGAAUGCCUUCAUUCAUAAAUUGGUAAUGAAUUGGUUACAACUUUUAUAAAUCAGGCCUUAGGGAUUCUUGUGUUCUCUAUUUAUGCAGAACAGAUUUCAUAUGUAGAACAUUGAAUUUUAAUUGUAAAAUAGGACUCACUCUUUGUAAGUUACUCUGAAUUGUAAAAUACCCUGAAUAAUUUGUUUACUUUACUUUGCCAGAUGAAGAAGUCAAAACUUUUAGUGGCUCGAAAAAGCGAAAGACGAAGUUUAGCGAUGAUCAACAACGAAUUACAAGAUGACAAAAAACUACAAGCUAAUAAAGAACUACAAACUGAAAAAAAUCUACAAGCUGACGAAGAAUUACAAUCAAAAAACGCUAUAGAUGUAUCUCAAGUAAAUGAGGGUAAAAAGGAAUCUUUUAUUUGGCCAGACGAAGCAGUACUUCUGUUUUUAGAGAUAUAUCGAAAUAAGGAAUCUGAGUUUGCCUCAGGUUUAAAACGACAUAAUAAAAUAUGGACCGAAAUUGCCAGCGAAAUGAAGGAGGCAAAGUAUAAUAUCACUGCUGCUCAGUGCCACAACAAAAUGUCCGGACUAAAAAGAACGUAUAAAAAUAUAUCUAACAGCAACAAAAAGUCAGGUAAUCAUGCAAGUUCCUGGGCUUUUUACUCUGUGAUGAAUUCUAUGUUUGGACAGAAAACAUGGAUAGAACCUGUAGCAAUAGCCAGUAGCGAUGGUCCACAAUCCCCAGAAUCUUCAUCGUCAAUGUUAUCACAAUUAGCAGCAGAUGAACCAAAAUCAAAGAAAAGACGAUUGGAAACCAUUUUGAAAUCAUUUGUAACUGAAAUGAAAAAAAAUAAACAGAAGGAGACAGAGGAUAGAGAAAGGCGAAUAACAAAAAGAAGAACAGAAAAAAAACCAAGGAGAAUAAAAUUAGACAAAAAAGGUUAA